AGAAUUACUGGCAUUAUUACGUGGAUCAGAAAGUGCUUCACGUCUUGGAAGUUCAUUAUUAUGGGAUAGUAAUGAGAAAUCAUUAUGGGCUUCUGAACCAUUUACUUAUUGGGAAUCUGGACAAAUAUUUAAAUAUUCAAUAGGAUCUUCUUUGGUUUCAGAAGUAUGUUUGGUUGGAAGAGAACGUCAAGCCAGGUUUGGAAAUAAAAUGAUAAAAUUUGAUUUUAAUGGUGAUGGUAAAAACGACUUGGUGGUGAAUUCUGAACAUUCAAGUUAUGCUGCAAG